AUGAAGUACCAAACCACCAUCCUGGCCACAUUGGCCACAUCAGCGACAGCUUUCCCCUCUAUGAUGGGAUCCAGACAACAGCUUGAGGAGCUCCUCAAGCGCAAUCCUGAGCCCGUCGCCAACCCAGAGCCUCAACUUCUUGGAGGCGUGAUCGGAGGUCUCACUGGAACCAUCACCGGACUUCUCGGUGCAGUUGCCCAGAACAUCAACCCUGCAAAUGCGCGUCCAGAAAAGGGCUUCGAGUUUCAAGCUCCUGGCCCUGGAGACAGCAGAGGACCUUGCCCAGGCCUCAACCUGCUCGCCAACCACGGCUACCUCCCCCGCAAUGGUCACGUUACUCUUGGCCAAGUCAUUGAGGCGACUGCUCGUGGCUUUAACAUGGGCGCCGAUCUGUCAACUAUCCUUGGUGUUUUCGCUGUCCUGGCGGACGGCGAUAUCGCCACCGAGUCUUUUUACCUGGGUGCUGGACCAGGUGGUGUUGGUGGUCUCAACCGCCAUUCUACUGUUGAGGUCGACAUUUCAGUCAACCGCGAGGACUUCUACAACGGAUGUGGUGAUAACCACCACCUCUCAUCCCGCAUGUUCAAGCAGAACGUCGACAUUGUUGCCAGCAGCGCCAGCAAGCAGUUCGACCUCACCAACAUGGGCACACAGUACCAGAAGAACUCCAUGUUCUCUCAAAAGUACAACCCAUACCUCUACUACUUCCCCUUCCCCUUGAUCGUCUCGCUCGGUGCUUUCGCAUUCUACCCUCAGUUCAUGAGCAACGGAACAUAUGGAGCCGGCGGCGUCGCCAACUAUGAGUCCAUCUCUUCCAUCAUCGGCGCCAAGUACGACGACAAGACCGGCGAGUUCCAGUACGUCCCCGAGACUUGGCCCAAGAACUGGUAUCGCCGUGCCACUCCCUAUGGCGCAGUCCAGACUGUCCUCGAGGGCCUUCUUGAUAUCUACAUCCGCAACCCCGUUGUUCCCGGCGUUGCUCAGCUCGGUACUGCCAACCUCAACGCCACGACUGUUCUUUGCGACCUGUACCAGGGCAUGAACUCCGUCGUGCCUCUCUUCGUCGCCGGUAGCGAGGAGCAGGUCGCCGCUGCCACCACCUGGGCCAUCGCUAAGCUGGACCCCUACUUCAGCAACACUGUUCUCGGAUGCCCUCUCAGUGUCUUGUCUCCCAACAACCCCUCAUUCCUGUACCCUAAUGCCAAGAACCAGGGCGGCCCGCUCAACACACCGCCAAGUGUUGCGAAGAAUGUUGGCGACAACGUCUACUACAAGACAUACUUCACUACUGCACCUACCUCUCCGGCCUGUUAA